AGUGUGCUUUAAAAUUUAUGUCACACUAGCAAGUGCAAAAUUUUAAUUGAAGUGGAAAUUGGCGGAAGGCAGCCAAAAGUUAAAAAAAAAAACUAGACAUGUUUCUGGAUGCUUUUGGAAACCCAAAGGAGGUGACACCCGACAAUCUUCACGAAUAUUCAUAUGAUCUGCAUGAGACUAUGCUGCUGACAUCGGCUGACCACGAGGUUUACAUUCCGCCCAAAUGGCACGGCACCAUUUACAGCACUGAAGAGCUGCUGCAAAAUUACAAAAAGCGAUAUAAUCCGGAUCCCACCCUGCUGACCUUCCACGCCCUUCAACCGUAUGAACCGGAGUUCAUUUGCUGCGAGAAUGUCGUCGUGGAGCUGACAGCUUUGCCGGCUGGGCAGAGCCUCUUUAGCGAAAUGGAGAUAGUGGUUUUCCUGGUCAAGCUGACGGCAAGUGGGUCUAACAUGCUGAUCACAAAGGAGCUGGGCAGCGACUUGAACUUCUUUCCGCACAACCAUCACUACCAUGCCCGGAUCUUGAACGAGGGCAUAGAUGUGGUCUACGUGGACGAUAAGAUCUAUUCUGGUGCUGGUGGCUCGCCCGCCAACUAUCAGCACCAGCGUCUGUUCAGUUUGCUGAGCAACAUCCAGCCCGGCAUGGUGAAGAGUCUUUCGGGUGGUCCCCUGCCCGAGGUCCUCCGCAUGGCUUGCAGGAAACCCGUCACCGUUGAGAAAAACUAAAAAGAUCUGGAGUUCCCCCAAGUGCAUAGUCCGGUUAAUAAACUUUGCGACUCUCGGA